UCAAGGCCAGCAUUGUGCUCAACUCAGGGCGUGGAUUCAAAAAGGUAGAUCUGAGAAGAUCAGAUAAAUUGGAAAUUUUUGCUUUUCCGCAGUUUUGGACGACUUUUAAUCUUAAAAAUGGGAAGAGGCGAAGAUACGGUAACCGUGGAUACGGGUUUUAUGCUCCCGAAUGGAGUUUUGAAGAUCUUUGAGACGAUUUUCAACAUCGUUGCCCUGACCCUAACAGCCAUCCGUUGGGCCUGCUCCUACAGACGUCGCUACUCAUACGAGGACCGCGAAGCGUGCGCCUCCAGUCACGAUUUCAUCCUAGCAACGACUAUCAUCUUCUUCCUAUUAACGCUAAUUCUCUUCUUGCUCUUCCUGUUCCGCGCUCCGGUAAAAUGUGGCGGGAAAAGAGUGUGGACCAUUAUUGAUGCCGUCCAUAACGCCCUCGCAGUCUUGUUUUAUUUCGUAGCCUUUAUAAUGGCGUGCGUGUGGGCGGGGAGGUACGACUACAUGAUAGCAUUAGCGGUUUUCUGUGUCAUCAACUUCAUCUGCUACCUCCUCAGCCUGGUCUUCGCUUCCUUGGAGUUGUGCGGACGUCGGGUCGGCUAGCCAAUCAAAUCACACAAGUGCAAUAUUUCUUGUUUUAUAUAAACUAUUUAUUGUUAUACAUGUGUAUCCUGCGGUACC